UGCCCAUACGUCAGAUUCAGUUUCUGUCUGCUGGCGUUGCCUUCAAAAUACAAUGACUACGUGGACAGUAUUCAUUCUCUUUUUUCUCUUUUCCUUUUUAGAAUUGGGAAGGUAUUCUGUGGAUGCCGAAAAAUAUGACGACAACGAUGAGGUCAAGCUGUACGUUAACAAAGUUGGCCCAUACAACAACCCCCAUGAAACCUACCACUACUACAGUUUACCUGUCUGUAUUCCAGAAAAGAUUGAGCACCGCAGUUUGUCUUUGGGAGAGGUACUGGAUGGAGACCGUAUGGCAAAAUCAUUGUAUAAGUUGAAAUUCAAAAUGGACCUUGAAAAGAAAACACUUUGCACCUUGAACCUGAAGAAAAAAGAACUAGAAAAGCUUUCUGAAGCCAUUGAGGAUCAGUAUUAUUUUGAAUUUGUGGUAGAUGAUUUGCCACUAAGAAAUUUUGUGGGACAUUUGGAAGAGGGACGCCUUUUCCCUCACACUCACAAAAUCAUGGUCUGGACGCAAUACGAUUUUGUCUUUGAAUACAACGACCGGCAAAUCAUUAGUGCCAAUGUCUCUGUCAGCGAAGGCGUCGAGUUGCCUGAGACGCCUGAAGACGAUCUGGAAAUAACUCAUACGUAUAGCGCCAAAUGGGUCCCUACCAGCGUUAAGUAUGAGGACAGGCUGGAUCGUUUUAAAGCUCGCAAAUUCUUCCCAAUCACUUUGGAAAUUCAUUGGCUCUCCGUCAUGAAUUCUAUGGUAUUGGCUUUCUUACUCAUCAGCUUCGUGGCCGUCAUCUUGAUGCGCAUCGUGAAAAAAGAUUUCGCACGGUACAGUGAAGAUCCCGCAGGUAUUUAUGUAGACGAGUACGGCUGGAAAAUCAUCCACUCUGACGUCUUCCGCUUUCCGCAGCGGAAAAUGCUGUUUUGCGCUAUAUUGGGCGUAGGCUCACAGUUGCUCUGCAUGGCAACCAUCAUCAUCGUUCUGGCAUUGGCCGGUCAGUUUAGCGUGCAUCGCCACGGGGCCGUCAAUGUAGCCUCCUGCUUCCUCUAUGCCCUGACGUCCAUCGUCAGUGGCUUCGUGGCCUGUCGGUUUUUCAAACAAAUGGGCGAAGGAUUCCGAUGGGUCCAAUGUGUUCAUCUAACGUCGUGCCUUUUCGCUGUCCCAUUCUUCGUCCUUUGGGGCAUUCAAAACACAGUGGCCUGGAUGUACCAUUCUACUCAAGCACUGCCCUUCACCACUGUCGUCCUCAUGAUGAUGGUCUGGCUCUUUAUCGGUUACCCAUUAACUGUUUUGGGCGGGAUUUUUGGCAAGAAUGCUGCGGGUGAUUUUGAUGCGCCCUGCCGUGCCAAAAACAUACCAAGGGAGAUACCAUACACACCGUGGUACCGUUCGUGGAUAAUGCACUAUCUGGUUGGUGGAUUCCUGCCGUUUAGUGCCAUCUCAGUGGAGUUGUAUUACGUCUUUGCCACCCUUUGGAGUCGGGAGCCGUACACUCUCUACGGCAUUCUGGGUUUGACGUUCAUUAUCGUCCUCUGCGUGACAGCGACAGUGUCCAUCGCGCUGACGUAUUUCCAACUGGCCAUCGAAGAUCACGAAUGGUGGUGGAGAUCCAUUUUUGCUGCGGGAUCUACCAGCGUUUUCAUCUUCUUGUACGCGGCGUUUUAUUAUUUCCGGCGUUCCAACAUGUCGGGCUUCUUUCAAACUGUCGAAUUCUUUUCAUCCAUUUUUAUCACUUGUUAUGCCUUUUUCUUGGCACUCGGUACGGUUGCUUUCUUUGCAUCGCUCAAAUUUGUGCGAUAUAUUUAUGGUAGUAUUAAAAUGGACUGAGUUU